GAAAUUCCCUAGAAUGAGUCGACAUCACUAAUAUAAGAGUGAGGUUUUGAGUGAGUUCCGCAACACACUUGCAGACAUCGUCAAACUAUGAACCCUACUCAUCACCCCGCUUGGCUUGUGCUGACACUCACGGCAGGAGCCGUGAGUGUCAUCUUCCCCCAGAGCGUCACUGCGUUUCCAGAUACAAGAGGUCCAUAUUUUACUGAGAUCGAAGGGCCUGACUUGUUGACAGCUGGGGAGGAGGCUGAAUUCACCUGCACGGCAGACUGUACCCCUCCGUGCGCGUACAACUGGUCUGCGAAUGGACAACUUGCACGGGGUCAAGUUUUAACAGUCACCGCCAAUGGCCUGCUCAGCUCGGUGGACCUGGAAUGCAUCAGCAUCAACCCAAAAAGCCAGGAAACGUCCCGUCAGACGAAGAAAGUUAAAGUGGAAAACCCUGUGUCUGUCAAGCCACCAGCGGGCAAAGAGCCAUUCCUGAAGCGGCCCUUCAGUUUGACCUGUGCUGGCGCUGCUGAAAUGUCCUCCAUUGUUUGGUACAAGGACAGCUACACCCUGACCAUGGACGCUCAGAUGACUCUCAGCGCAGACAACGCUACACUCUCCUUCAGCUCGUUGCUGCCCUCUCAUGGUGGCUUCUAUCAGUGCGUGUCUUCCAAGAGUGGCAGAAGAAUUGUGAGCGUUGGACACCUCCUCACCUAUGGAUCGCUGAGUGUCAAUAUCAGCGGGCCAGACACUGUCGAAGUGGGAACGGAGAACACCUUUGUGUGCGAGCCCAACUGUGAAAUCGAUUGCUCCAUCGUCUGGACGUUCAGAAAAGGGUUUCCAUCCGGUUCCUUCACACAGAGGAAGACAGUGAUUAAAUGGACGCCGGACACACCGGACACAACCCAGGUCUUUACCUGUGUGGUAGAGAACACCUCUGCAGGAAAAUCAGCCGAGGCUACCAAGGUUGUGAGGGUCAUUCAGAUUCAGAAACCAGUAAAACCCGAAUCAGGAUCCAUGGCACUGAAACCUAGUGCAGCCCUCUGCCUCCUGGUCUGUAUGGGAGUCCUCUUCCAUUGGGGCUUGUAAGAUGUGAAGCCAUGCAGACAGGUUCACAUCGCUACGGGUACCUGAACUGAACAUUCUCUACAGUAGACCCUCCAAACUGCCGGUGCCUUCAUAUUUUGCUACUUUUUAAAUACACCUUUUUUUUAAAUAACACAAUUUUUGUUGCUUUCCUGUCCUAUUAAAUAAUACUUUUAUCUGACGUAUCACACCUAAAUACAAUGGUAAAAAAAGGAACAAUGAAUAUUAGGAAUAUUUCUAUUUGUUUCACAUUUCUAUUUGUUGUUCACCUGUAUUUGCUUUGUCUAUUUGCUGUUUCUUGGUAUAACAUAAAGUGAACAUGAGAAAUAAUUGAAUAUCAGUUAAAAACAAAUAUCAAUAAUCUGCUGAAUGAAAACA